AUGGUCGCAACCUUUUCGCCGCACCGGGACUCCGGAGGCACGCUACACCUGUCGCACUCGCACUCAGGGAUUCAUCACGUUGAUGCCAGCUCGGCCAUCCGACAAUUACGCCGCUCAUUAUCGCGCUCACCAUCCAAGAGCUCCAACUUCUUUCUCAAUCCACGUACUCAGUCGCCCUCCAAAUCAGCUUACAUUUCUUCACCAUUAUCGCCCUCUCGACGCGCUUCCCAAAACAACUUUGUUUUGUUUCCAUCUCAUCAGUCUCCUCUCGCAGUUCCUUACCCACCAAGCGCUAAAAUCUCUCGACCGGUCAUGCGACGACGCACGUCACCCCGCAGUCCGGCCAAGCGCGCUCUGAGUGUCUCGACUGACGGUGGAAACGCGACUCCCACUCAAUCCAUCUCUUUGCCUCCAGGUGAAGAAAAUGAUUUGACUCUCGAUGAUUUGGUUCCCACCGGUUUGAGCACCACUCCCGAUAGUCCCUGUGCGAACAACACUCCAAUCUUCCAAGGUGAAUCAACUUUUGCGCCACGGUCAACGCUAUCGCGCAUCGAAAAGCGACGCAGUGGUACCUUUGGUUCCUUUGCGACUGGAAGCCCAUUAAAACGCAGCGACGGUAUAAUGAACCUUGACCAAGCCUCGCGGGGUAGUCCUUCUGCAAAGCGGCGCAGCGUGCACAACCCCAACUGUUCAACGGAAUUUAGUAUUUUCGACAACGAGGUUGAGGACGCCACUCCUGAAGGGUCUCCCAUAAACGAGAUUCCAUCAUUCCCGACACCCGUUCAACCUCACAGUCCAUUUGCAACAAUUCCCAAGCGCUCCUCAUCUCUACGACGAUCAACCUUGCAGCAGCGUGGUGAGCGACCCCUCUUUGGGCGACCAAGAAACAUGGACGAGGAAUCAGACACAUCACCUCCUGGUACUCCAUUGACUGUUCGGCCGCGAAUGUCGUUCGACAGCAGCUUGUUUCAGCCUGGCAGUGAGAACAUUUUCUCUCCCAAGCCGCCAGCUAGUCCUCUCUUCUCAAACUCUCCCGCUAACCCUCCUCCUGCCAUCACAACCACACAACCUUCUCGGGCCGCUGCUCAUCCCCUCUCUCGCACUAUCACACAAUCCUCUUCCGGGUCAAGUCUCGAUGAUUCGCCCACUCAUGAACCAGUUCACAAGCCCGAGGGGCGACGGACCAUCUUCAAUUUCUCCAAGUCUCUACCCGCUGGGGCUACUCGUCCUGCUGUUGUGCGUCGUCUCACGCGAGAGGACUCGGGAGAAUUCGCUACACCGGACAACUACAAACUUGUCAAGCCUCUACCAGCGGCAUUCAUGUCAACUGGCCUUAUUUCCAAGAAGAACCGCAAUGCGGAGGAGGCUGGCCCAGCCUUCAACAAGAACAUGCCUGAUACGCCCUGCAAGCGACCUGUCAACCUGUUCACUGCCGGUCCCAACCCGACUGACCGACUAUUUGAUAAAUCACGGCUGGUGCAGCAGUCAGAUGCGCCUUCCGCCUCUCCUUUCAACCCACCCACUACCUCGCGCCCCAAGCCAAGUCCCUUCGCUCGUGGAAUGGGCAUCUUUGGUAGCAGCUUCAAUCGCCCUGAGGUCUCCCGCCGUGGAAGUUUUGCCAGCAUCGAUGGUGAUGAAUUAAACCUGGCUCAAUCACCAUCAUCCCGACAGGACAGCCAGCCUCUGAAUGACGACUUCCCCCCUACUCCCACCAAGCAACCUUUCCUCCCAUCUCGCACCUAUCCUCCAUCCACUGGUUCCAUCCCCUCUUUGGAACGGCUGUCAGACACAGCUACUCCUCUUCACGAAAGGCUGUUGCAGGCUUCGCCUCAUACCCCUCGUGACCAGUACUUCCCUCCCGAUCCUAGUGGUUUAUCUAUCUCCGUACCCAAUGACCAGCAGUCUGUGCGCGCAGAUCACGAGCUUCCAGCUACUCCGACCGGACCUCGAGAUUCUUGGGCAUCUUUCAGACGGCCCAGUUUGCAAAUCAGUGGCUACCAUGCUCCCGAUGUGGAUCCCACUCUGACAUCCCGCUUCGACAAUGUUGAGCUUAUUGGAACCGGCGAGUUCUCACAGGUAUUCCGCGUCGCCCAACCGCAUGACGCAUCUUUCCCUUCUGUCUUCUCUCUGCCUUCCAGUGAGCCAAAGUCACCAGGUUCUCUGCCACAUCAAGUCUGGGCUGUGAAGAAAAGCAAGCAACCCUACCUUGGAUUGAAGGAUCGUGAACGUCGCAUUCGCGAGGUUGACAUUCUCAAAACUUUGACAAAUUGCGACCACGUUGUUUCCUUCAUGGAUAGCUGGGAGAACAUGGGUCACCUUUACAUUCAAACUGAAUUUUGUGAAGAGGGCAGCUUGGAUGGUUUCUUGGCCCAAGCCGGCCUCAAGGCCCGACUUGAUGACUUCCGUAUUUGGAAGAUCCUGCUCGAGAUGUCAUUGGGUCUAAAGGAAAUUCACGAUGAGGGCUUCAUCCACCUUGACCUCAAACCUGCCAACAUUCUGGUCACCUUUGAAGGAACCUUAAAGAUUGGUGACUUCGGUAUGGCAGCCCGCUGGCCGGCGGAGGAUGGCAUUGAAGGUGAAGGUGAUCGCGAGUAUAUCGGGCCGGAGAUUCUCAGGGGCCAAUUUGACAAGCCGGCGGACAUUUUCUCCCUUGGUCUGAUCAUUUUUGAAAUUGCGGGCAACGUUGAGCUUCCUGACAAUGGAUUAUCUUGGCAAAAGCUUCGCAAUGGGGAUAUGAGCGAUGUACCAAGCCUCACCUUCAGUUACGAUAGCAAAAUCUCUCGUGAUGCUACUGGAAACCCUAUCGCCAAGGAGUCAUCUUUUGAAGAACUCUGCACCUCCGACUUGGGUGACGAUUUUGGCGAUGAUUUCCUGACUAGCCGUCAGCUGAGCACCCCCAAGCCUCAGUCUGUCGCACGCAGCGGAGAGCUCACCGAUCCACCUGCCUUCAUGGUCGACCCAUACCACCCACAGUCGCUGGACGAAAUUGUCCGGUGGAUGAUUUCUCCCGAACCUCAACAUCGGCCCACCGCCGACCAAAUAUUGGAAACUUACGGAGUCCAAUUUAUCAAUCAACGACGCCGCGCUGGCGCCACCGUCUUCGAGGGUAACUGGGGCCCCGCUGACGAGAUCUUGGCCGAAGAUGCCGAAAUGAUCGACGUGUAA